UGAAGCUGCUAUAAAUACGGCGUAUCGGAAUAUAUCUGCGAUUAAAUGUUGACGAAUUGUAUUGAGCUCAACUUGAGUGUAAUCACCAAAAAUUUGUUUUUUUCACAAUUUAAAGACAGUUCAGUGUGCAACAUGAGUUCGCGUACAAACAUUCUCAUCAUUGCAGUUCUUCUGGUUACCAAUUAUAAAACAGUAGACGGAAUUGCUCUCGAUUGUUCGUAUGGAAUCAUUUCGUGGGAUACUGUUGGCAGCGUCUAUACGUGUACAGCGCGAGUAUUGUUCGACAACGUUGACGGCUCAGUAACAGCAAUUUUUGGAAGUCAUCAAACAGGAAAAGGACAUGAAGAUGUGGGCGGAAUAAUUCUGGAAGGGCAGGACUUAUCUGUUUUUCCGACGAAUAUCGAAUAUUUCUUUCCAAAUAUGAUUGGCAUUUCUUUAUAUAACAACAGCAUACCCGCCGUCAACAACGAACAUUUGGCUCCGUUUCCAUAUUUACAAUUUCUAGGGCUUACCACGAAUAAAAUUACAUCGAUUGGCGGCAAUCUCUUCUCCGGCAUGAACUCGAUGGUAUAUAUCUCUUUCAGUAACAACAACAUUCGACACGUGGGUCACGACUUAAAUUUACCGAUCAAUGGUCGAACAUACUUCUCCACAACUACUUGUAUUGAUCAAACCGCUACCACACCGGUAGAAGUUGCUAGCUUAACAUUGAAUUUGUUACGCUUUUGUCCGCCGACGAUAUCACAGAUAGAAGAGUCGCUUGAAAAUCGACAAAAUUUGCUGACACACGUCGACAGUCAAGUACGAGUGCUUCGGAAUGGACAGAUAGAUUUAUUAGCGAGGAUUGAGAAUUUGGAACGUAUCAUCGGAAGUAAAACAGAGGCGGAGCCCUCCAAUCAGUUUUUAAUCGAUGCGUCCGGAAACUGAAUGAGCUGACGAUUUCACACUUGCCUUCUUCCAGAUAUUUUAAAUCUGGUGAACUGACUUGAUUUGUCACCAUACGCGUUUCUAAUAAAAAUUGAAGAACGAAAA